UAAAAGAAAAAUCGAAUUAGGGAACUGACGUGGAAGUUCGUUUUUGCUUGGGGUUUGUUGGGCUUUAUUUUAGUUUUAAACUGCAUUUCUUGUGCCUUUAGCAAGGAAAAGUUUAAUUAAUACGUUUGCCAGCGGUCAUUGAGAUAUUCAGUUAAUUGAAAUUAAGCCCAUAGAAGGCCGAAAAAUAGUGAAAUUCUCCACCGUGUUGUGUGUGGAACUUUGAGCUGAAGCUGGGAAAAACGGUCUUGCCUUGUCGUCGUGUUUGGUGUUUUUGUUGUUGUUGUGAUUAGUGUGAAAGUUGUUUGAGCUUUUCUUUUUUUGUUACAAGGAGCGCAUACAAUAAUAAUGAAUCCGAACGUUUAUGGGCCUCCGCCUACCCAAUACCAACAACAACAGCCGCAGCAGCAGUUGCCGCCGUCAUCACAACAACAGCAAUAUGCAGCAGCUCCACCGCCGCCUCUGGGUGCAGGAGGGCCGGGGCCAGCAACGGGUUGGCCACCUCAACAACCGCAACAACAACAACAGCCGCAACAGUAUGGAGCACCACCACCACCAGCCACAUCGUCGGCUCCAAUUCCUCAGCAAACUUACCUCAAUGGCAACUAUCAACAGCAGCUGGCCACGUCAAUGAGCGGUUUGAGUGUGGGUGGAGGAGGAGGAGUGGGAGGUCAUCCAUUGAAGCCCGCACAGCAACCAGGAGUAUUUCCACCGGGUGGCUUACCACCUACUAGCCAAGGAGCGCCAUUGCCGCCGGCGGCUUUUAACAAUAAUAAUGCAUUUCCUGGGGCACCACCUACCGCUGCUGCUCCUCCAGUUGGACCACAGCCAGGACUACCACCCACAUCUGGAGGCUAUGCGAAUGGACAAACAAUUGGUGCACCAUUUCCACCCACAUCGUCAGCAGCUGUCCAGCAGCCACCAACACGCACUCUGACGCCUCAAAGUGUGCCCAGUGGGGUUAAUCAGAUGAGUGUGAAUAGCGCCAAUUUGGCGGGUUUACCGCAUAUGCCUCCUGCAAAGUCGGCCGUGCCAUCAGGACUAGGAGCAGGGCCACCAACAUCGUUUGCGCCACCAACAUCAUCAGCAGCGCCACCAAGUGUCACAGGAGCACAGAUGCCUCCUCCCGCAUUUGGUGUGCCUAACUCUAGACCGGGCCAACCUCUUCUGCCACCCGGAGCAGCUCCGCCGCCCACCUUCACGCAACCUGGGCUGCCACCACAACCUCAGCCAGGAGCUCCUUUUGGAGCCAACCAACAACCUGGUUUUCCAGGAAGCUAUCCAGGUCAGGCUCCGACUGCUUACACUGGGGCACCACCGCCAUUGCCAGGACAACAGCCGGCUGUGCCACCACAAUUUGGAGCUCCUCAACCGGGUUACCCGCCACAGCCGGGUCAGCCACCGGCGCCAGGAUAUCCACCGCAGCCAGGCCAACAGCCUCAGGCGCCAGGCUACCCGCCACAACCGGGUUAUCCACCACAGCCGGGACAACAGCCUGGAGGAUUUCCACCACAGCCACAACCGGGUGGCUAUCCGGGGCAGCAAGGCCGACCUGGCUUUAAUCAACCUCCAAUGCCUGGAGGCAUGUACCAACAGCAACAGCAACGUCGUCUCGAUCCCGAUCAAAUGCCAAAUCCCAUACAAGUGAUGAUUGAGAAUCAACGUUUGGCCGGUGGUCCUUUUGUGACCAAUCAGCCUGGCCUUCUGCCGCCAUUGGUCACCACGAAAUUCGUAGUUCACGAUCAGGGCAACUCAUCGCCACGUUUUCUACGUUCCUCGCUCUAUUGCAUACCCAAUACGGGGGAUCUAUUAAAGACCACAGCUCUUCCACUGACUCUGAACAUUUCCCCAUAUGCCCGGGUAAACGAGGGCGAAUUGGAGCCACCAAUUGUUAAUUUUGGUGACAUGGGACCAAUCCGUUGUAAUCGCUGCAAAGCCUACAUGUCCCCCAAUAUGCAAUUUGUGGAUGCUGGCAGAAGAUUCCAGUGUCUCAUGUGCAAAGUGACUACCGAGGUGCAUCCCGAUUACUAUCAGCAUUUGGAUCAUACUGGCCAAAGAGUGGAUAAACACGAACGACCUGAACUACUCUUGGGAACAUAUGAAUUUUUGGCUACAAAAGACUAUUGUCGGAAUAAUUCGCCACCCGAAGUGCCCGCCUUUAUUUUUGUCAUCGAUGUCUCUUACAACACGGUCAAGUCUGGUCUGGUGCAUUUACUUUGCUCGCAAAUUAAGAACAUACUCAAGAAUCUGCCCAUUGAUCAGGGUCAGGAUAAAUCAAAAGUUCGCGUCGGUUUCAUUACCUAUAAUAGCACCGUCCAUUUCUUUAACAUUAAGAGCAAUUUGGCCCAACCUCAAAUGAUGGUUGUGGGCGAUGUUCAGGAAAUGUUUAUGCCUCUGCUGGAUGGUUUCCUUUGUCAUCCUGAAGAAUCGGCAGCUGUCAUUGAUGCACUGAUGGAGGAAAUACCGCGUAUGUUUGUGGACACCAAGGAGACGGAAACGAUUCUCUAUCCGGCUAUACAGGCUGGUCUGGAGGCCUUGAAAGCAUCAAAUGCAUCGGGCAAAUUGCUGGUCUUUAAUUCGACAUUGCCUAUCGCAGAGGCUCCUGGCAAACUAAAGAAUCGCGAUGAUCGUAAAUUGCUGGGCACAGAUAAAGAAAAGACUGUCCUAACACCCCAGACGACUGUGUACAAUCAACUUGGCCAGGAGUGUGUCCAACAGGGUUGCUCUGUGGAUUUGUUUUUGUUUAAUAAUGCUUACAUCGAUAUUGCAACAAUUGGCCAAGUGUCGCGUCUAACUGGCGGUGAAGUGUACAAGUAUACUUAUUUCCAAGCAGAGCUUGAUGGCAAACGUCUGAUUGAGGAUAUUAUUAAGAAUGUUUCGCGUCCCAUUGCUUUUGAUGCCGUAAUGAGAGUAAGAACCUCAGCGGGCAUUAGGCCAACAGAAUUCUUUGGACACUUCUAUAUGUCAAAUACCACAGACGUGGAAUUGGCUAGUAUUGAUGCCACUAAAUCGGUGAGCAUUGAGAUCAAACACGAUGAUAAAUUACCCCCGGAGGAGAAUGUCUAUAUUCAAGUGGCUUUGCUCUAUACCUCAUGCAGUGGCCAGCGACGUCUGCGGGUUCUUAAUCUGGCAUUGCGUGUAACGACCAUUAUAGCGGAUGUGUUCAAGAGUUGCGAUCUGGAUGCCAUGAUGCUGUUCUUUGCCAAACAGGCCUGCUUCAAGCUAAUGGAGCAUUCACCCAAACAGGUUAAGGAUAAUUUGAUACAUCGUUCGGCACAGAUUUUGGCCUGUUAUCGCAAACACUGCACAUCUCCGACAUCGGCUGGUCAGCUUAUACUGCCCGAAUGCCUCAAAUUGUUGCCACUGUACGCUUCGUGUCUUCUCAAGAAUGAUGCCAUUUCGGGCGGUUCAGACAUGACCCUAGAUGAUCGCUCUUAUGUCAUUCAAUUCGUUCUAUCCAUGGACCUGAAUAUGUCAGUCAACUAUUUCUAUCCAAGAUUCAUUCCGAUACAUACGGUAGAACCAGAGGAGACAGAGCUACCAACACCAGUAAGAUGUUCCCAUGAGAAAAUUACCGAGGAUGGCGCAUACAUACUUGAGAAUGGUGUGCAUUUGUUUAUCUGGCUGGGUCAAUCUCUAUCGCCAAACAUUGUUCAGGCAUUAUUUGGAGUUCAAAGUACACAGCAGGUGAAUGCUGAACGAUUUGCCAUUACGGCAGAUACACCAUUGGCUCGUCGUAUCAACGACAUACUGAACAAGAUUAUGAAUGAGCGUACGCGAUACAUGAGAGUCACCUGUGUUCGUCAGAACGAUAAAUUGGAAAGCGUUUUCCGGCAUUUCCUUAUUGAGGAUCGCGGUACAGAUGGUUCAGCCAGCUAUGUGGAUUUCCUAUGUCACAUGCACAAGGAAAUCAAAGAUCUUUUAAGUUAGCACGUAGGCAGCUGCACAUACAAGUUACCAUCAGCCUCAAGCGGUGCCUACGAAGAGCAGCGCUGGGCUAAUAGCUACUCUCAGAAUCGGGCACGUAUGCGUCGCAUGGCUGCCAUGCGCUCCAAUCGCCUGGGGAAAUGAUGGUUUAAUCUGAACGAAGAGAACUUUCAUUUAUAUAUUUACAGAGAAGCAUACAUAAACAUAUAAAUAAUUUGCUAUCAUUUUUCAAGCGUAUCAAAUCUUCCAUUAAUUUUAUUAAAAAAAAAAACAAAAAAAAAUUUUUC